GUCGAAUAAACAGCUCGGCGUUUGUCGGCCUCUUUCGUUAUCCAGACAUCAAACGUGUUGGACGUAAUUUGAAGACCAGCUCCGAAAUACCAAGUGAUUCAACUCCGGUACUUAUAGUUUUCCUUCUUGAUAGUUUUCUUGUCCGCUUCGGUUUCGUUUCCUUUCAAAGCCUUUCACGGUCAUAUCAUUUGGCGACGAGGAAAAAAUUAGCAAAAGAAUUCGCGUGUGAAAAGUGAGUUUUGCCGGUGUGAAAUUCCCGGAUAACAUUUGCCUCGGGCGGAGGCGCGAUUCUUUGCCAUACGAACAAGCAAAAAGAAAAGGAAAAUUUGCCUCGGGUGGAGGCGCCAUUCUGUACGGCAACAGUAACUAAAGGUCGGUGCUGAACGGGAUCGUUUCCCCGACGGCGACUGUCCGGCGAAUCGGCAUCGGUUUAGAAGCCCGUUUUUGGCAGCUGUUUGACCGUUCCGUAUCCGUUGCGCUGACGGUUUUAGCAAUCCGAUCGCGGUAGGCGAUUACGUUCCUAUUCGAGAGCAGCUGAAUAAUUCGUUCCGUGUGGAACUGCUCCGUGUGGCGGUGGACUGUUGCUGACUGGCCGUUACGAUUGCGACAACGAUAUCGGCGACGAGCAGCCGGAGGACCAGACGAUUUUUCCUUCCUCUUUUUGGAGUGUGUAUCCGUCGAAGGGUCUGGUAGCGUUGCCACGCUUCGGUAACAAGUUCAUUCAUAAUCGAAACGAUGUCUUACGUAGCUCCGAAUAUUGAUCCGUACCGCAAAGGACAAUCAUUUGCUUCCUGGUUUACGCGCCUAGGAUACCAUUUUCGCGUUAACAAAGUAGCGGAAGCAGACAGGAAGGAUCAAAUGUUUCUCUUAGGAGGCGAUUUUCUUUUCGAAGUAGCUCAGAGCUUAUACCUAAAUGAACAGUUGCUGGAUGCAGCACCCUUUGACGAAUUGAUCGCGAAGUUGAAGCAAAAGCUGGACAAAACGGAUUCUGCUUUGAUCCAGCGUUUAAAAUUCGGGGCCCGGAUACAGCAACCUGGUGAAACAGCUAGUGACUUCCUGUUCUCGCUAAAACUCCAGGCGGAGUAUUGCAAUUUCAAAGACGACAAGCAGGACCGCAUACUGGAUCGAAUUUUGAUAGGCUUGUCGGAUGACAAUUUAAGGCAGAAGCUAUUGUCAGAGGAUAGUGAGAAGUUGAAUCUGACUCAGGUCGAGAGGAUUGUGACAACAUGGGAAAUGGCUACUUCCAAUGCGAGGGUUUUGACACAGGACAGUUCUACAGGACAAAUUGCCUCUAUAGUUGGAGGGCGAGGAGCACUCUUGCAGCGUAUUAAGGAUCUAGCUCAGGGUCGUGGACCAGUCAAGAGUCGACUAGGGUUCAAUCCUCCGUCCGUUUCUCCUGCAAGAGGUAUUCAGCGCAGCGCCACAUCCCACAGGUACGAUGAUCGUAGAAACCAUUCUUCGCAAUCCAGGCAGUCUAGACAGGGGCGGUUCCAGGAGCAACGGAACAGAUACCAGGACGCAGAUAUUCGACCGGCGGAGUCCAAAAAUGAUAAACGGAUUGUCAUAGAUCAAAGAGUGUGCCACUAUUGUGGAGUGCGUGGACACGUCAAAAGGAAAUGUUUCAAACUGAAACAAUAUAAGAGAGACCCGGUCAAUAAUGUCAACAUGGAGGAGCCUGGUACAAGCACGGAUAACAAAUUGUCCAGUAUGAUGAAUCGUAUGUCAUGGGAUGACAAAGUGAUGAUUCAGAUAAAGGUGAAAUACAGUGCAUGCAUGUUUUGUCCAUUAAUAAUAUAAGUCAUCCAUGUUUACUAGAACUAACUAUUCAAGGUAGCACUGUGCAGAUGGAGAUUGAUAGUGGCUCCACUGUUUCCGUGAUUGGGAAGAAGCUAUUUUUGGCUAAAUUCGACAUUCCCCUUGAAAAAAGUUUCAAAAAUUUAAUUGUGGUAAACGGUUCCAGAUUAAAAAUUGCUGGUGAAGUUAUUGUUUCGGUUGAUUUUAGGAAUAAAAGGGUAAAAUUGAAACUUUUGGUUUUAGACUGUGAACAUGAUUUUAUUCCUUUAUUCGGGAGAACCUGGUUGGACGUUUUCUUUCCCAACUGGCGAAAUUAUUUUGGUAAACAAGUUACGAUAAACAAAUUAAUUGAAAACAAAAGCAACGACGUGAUGAAUUAUGUUAGAACUAAAUUUUCUGAUGUUUUCGUAAAGUAUUUUUCGACUCCAAUUAAAGGUUAUGAAGCCGAAUUGGUUUUAAAAAUUGACACACCUAUUUAUAGGAAAGCAUUUGACGUUCCCAAUGCAAUAAGGGAUAAUAGUGCUGAUAAUUGUUUGCGAUUCCCAUUGGAGCAGUCAGUUGCUGAUUCGGAAAAGAUUGUUAGUGCUUGUGAUGCUUCUGCUGUUAUGGCAGAGCAACCAAAACAGUUGAUUAAUACGAAAUGGAUUCCUUCCACAAAACUUUUUGGUGAAAUACACCAAGGAUUUUUCUACUACAAACAUCACGUUCAUUUAUUGAACGUUGAUGGCUUUCCAAAUUGGAUGGAAGUUGAAUGGAUGAAAAAUAGAACGGAAUGUAAAAAAUUGAUAAAACUACUGUUAGCAUAUUUGGCUAAAUUUGGGUUUCCAGACAGAAUGUCAGGUAACAGUCCGUUAUUCAGUCCUCAUGACUUUAAUAACUUUUUUGAGAGGCAAGGAAUAUGGGUUUUGGACAGUUCGCCGUAUAAUCUUGCUAUUAAUGGCAAGGUGGAGAGAAUAGUUCGUAAAGAUGUAAUGAGAAAGUUUCUAUUUGACUCAAAAUACGUAAAACUCGAGGACCUAAUUGGACUAUUUUUAAUAAAUUUUAAAAACUAUAUGACGAUGGAAGGAUUAAUUUCUUCUCGGAAAGUUUCAGUAUAUACUUUAAAACUGUUAAUCAACAUGAUUAAUGUAAAGGAAUACAAAAACAAUAGUUAUGUACCAUUAAGUAACUGUGACAAUCGUAUCGAAGAAAUAACCAAUAGAUCUAGUACCGAUAGUGGUAAAAUGCCUAGUAAAGAUCUUUUGGAUAGUCUGAUGGUAGGUGACGCAUUAUGGUACAAGAACAGCAAUCCUCACCAUCAGGCUAAAUGGUUGAAAGCGUAUUUUCUAAAACGAGUUUGUAAAAAUAUCCUACAGAUUACAAUUGGAAACGGACUUACGACCACGGCGCACCGAAGUCAAGUUAAGAUCAUCGACGAUGCGGGCGGCCGGAUGCGACGAAGGAUGGUGGUGCAUGUCGAUCGAACUGUCGAUAACCCUGGUCCAUCACCACCACCUCUGCAAGAAACCAUCCACGGAGAAGAGCCGGGCGAGGAGCCUUUCCGGGGUUUUCCGGAGUGCGAGUUGCGCGGUAUCGAAUCUCAAGUGGUUAAGCCGAAUCGAAAACGGAAGUCCGAUGCAAAUUUGGCGCUCGAUGGCCUGCCGAGGCGUUCGAAGAGAACGCGAAGAAGUAAUUGCAAAAGUGAAUUUCAAUAUUUUUGAAUCAAAUUGGAUUUGUUCUUAAUUGUUAAUAUUUUGUAAACUAUAACUUAAAGUGUGAAAUAUGAUCGAAUAACUCCCAAAAGGGGGAGGAUUAAUAUGUAUCCCAAUUUGGGUAUUUCAUUAUUAAACGUGUAUGUGCUAUAAAGUUAUAGCACUCGAUAUGUCAAAUAUCGUCGAAUAAACAGCUCGGCGUUUGUCGGCCUCUUUCGUUAUCCAGACAUCAAA